GAAAUUUCUUCUCACAACCGCUCCUUUCCCCAAACGACACCCGUAUGAAAUAAUUUUUGUCAGUGGGGUUGAACUGUUACUCCUAUCAAUUUCCUGUAAAAAAGGCUUACUCAAACACAAAAAUGACGGCUGCAGACAAAUCUUCUGCUAAAGAAUACGAUGGUUGGAUUGAACAGUUGAAUGAAUGUAAACAAUUACAAGAAAACCAAGUGAAACAGCUCUGCGAAAAGGCUAAGGAAAUUCUGACAAAGGAAUCUAAUGUACAAGAAGUGAAAUGCCCAGUGACAGUGUGUGGAGAUGUUCAUGGUCAGUUCCAUGAUUUGAUGGAACUGUUUAGAAUUGGUGGAAAAUCACCAGAUACAAAUUACUUAUUUAUGGGCGAUUAUGUUGAUCGAGGCUAUUACUCCGUUGAAACUGUCACCCUUUUAGUUACUCUGAAAGUGCGUUUUCCAGAGCGAAUUACCAUCCUCAGAGGAAACCAUGAAAGCAGACAAAUCACACAAGUUUAUGGUUUCUAUGAUGAAUGUUUAAGGAAAUAUGGUAAUGCAAAUGUGUGGAAAUACUUCACAGAUCUCUUCGAUUUUCUUCCUCUCACAGCUCUUGUUGAUGGUCAGAUAUUCUGUUUGCACGGUGGACUAUCUCCUUCGAUUGACACACUUGAUCACAUUAGAGCAUUGGAUCGAUUACAAGAAGUCCCACAUGAGGGACCAAUGUGUGACCUUCUGUGGUCUGACCCUGAUGACCGUGGUGGCUGGGGUAUAUCCCCACGUGGAGCUGGAUAUACUUUUGGACAGGACAUUUCAGAAACUUUCAAUCAUACCAAUGGACUUACACUUAUAUCAAGGGCACAUCAGCUAGUCAUGGAGGGAUAUAAUUGGUGCCAUGAUCGUAAUGUGGUCACCAUUUUCAGUGCACCUAACUACUGUUACAGAUGUGGAAACCAAGCUGCAAUCAUGGAACUUGAUGAUGCCCUUAAAUAUUCAUUCUUACAGUUUGAUCCAGCACCACGCAGAGGAGAACCACAUGUGACACGCCGUACACCUGACUACUUCCUCUAAAGCCCACAUCAAGGGCUGUGUGACAAUCCUAAGUCCCAAAAUUACAUUUGUACAAGAUCCUUAAGUUGCCGUUUGAAAUCAAAUUCAGAUGAGAAGUCAUCUUAUAAUGAAGGAAAACAAAUUAAUAGUAUGGGGAGCAGUUUUAUUAUCGACAAUGUUUCUAUUAAGCAACAUUAGAAGACACUUGGCAACCUGUCCAGAUUUCAUAAAAAAAUAUAUCUAGUUCAAGUGGUAACAAGUAGUUAAACUGUUUAGUAUCUAUUCAUCAUGAUUCAGCGUUUUGUUGUGAGGUUUGGUUUGUUCCGAGUGAGAUGAGAAAAGAAUUUGUAAUUGUGUCAGGUAUUUGUACUGUGGUUGUAUGUUAAUUACCCAUUCUCAUACCCUCACUCCCCAUCUUUCCGUUACCCAAUAUAGCAAGGCCCAGGGUGAAAUUGCACAACUUGAAGCUGUCUUCCUACACCAGAAUUCAUAGAAUGGUUUUUAAAAUGUUAUUGGUGUAAUGUAAGUGAAGCAAAAAUUAUAUGGACUGCUGCUCCAUGAAGAUUGUGUAAUGUUCUUGCUAGUAUAUUAAUGCCUAUGUUGCUAAUGUGAAUUAUUUAUGUUUAAUAGCAUUACUUGAUGGUAAAACAUACACUGAUUAGUUGACAGCAUCUGCAAAAUCUCAUUUUUCAUUGUGCUUGUUAAAUCCCCAUUGUCUGUGUAUAUUUAUAGAUUGAAAUUGUUUUGAUAUAAGACAUUUACUGCUUAAGAUUGAUAAAUUGCAAGGAAAAGUUUAGUAAUUCUAAUAUUUUCUGAAUAAGGAAUUGUUCAAAUUGCGAGUUUAACAUUUGGUUAUAAACAAUAUUAUAUUUUCAAAAAUUUAAAAAUCUAAGGGUUCCAUGUACAAAAAUGAUCGCAUAUUGUGUUAACUUUUUAUAAAAUUGGUUUGACCUCCAUUUUGAAUCUAUGCCAUUUUUCAGUUUCCCAUCAGAACAAUCUACAAGGAUGACUCUGAAGGAAGGUAGCAGCGUCACAUGUUAAUUUAUUAUUAAAUUGCUUAUACUGUAUUUAGAUUACCUUACUUAAGCCAAUGCAAUACUGUUUGAGGAACUCUUGAGUGGGAAAACUGUUGUUACUUGUUUUGUGGGUUUUUUUGCUAAUUUCACCAUCAUUGUUACGUUAACAUUAGAAUUUUAUUCUGAAGAAGUAGGUAUGUAGCAUAAUUCGUUCAUUCCUGAAAUUCAUUUAUACCAGUUAAUCAUUUGGUUACAUUUUUAAAGAAUGGAUUAUGUUCUAAAACCCCCAAUUUAUAAGUACAUAUUCAAAAUUUUAAAAUUAUUAUAUUUUGAUGUUUAUUUGACAAUAAACUAUAUUUCAUCAAGGUCCUAUUUUAGGUCGAAUGCAACAUUGGUUAUAUAAAUGUAUCAGGAAAUUUGACAUUGUCAAAAAUGUGAUUGCUUACCGUUAAUGUUUUCCACUCAAAUUGAUCAUCACUGGAUAAAUUUAAUGUUUGUAAUUUAAUCAGUCAGACAGUUAGGAUUGCAUUAGAUUGGGUGCUUAUCAUAAACAUUACGCUUAAAUUGUGUUUAAGGGUAUUGUUGCAGUCAGCUUUGCCAAAUAGAUGUUGUCCGGAUGAAUUUUUAUUACAUUCUAUUUCCAUAAAUAAGCAAAUAGUUUUAAUUUCAUUAGCUUCUGAUUGGAACAAGGGUACAGAAACGGUAUAAAAACGUUUUUCAUUCAGUAAUAACAGUAUGUAAGUUCAUUUCAGUGUAAUUAUUUUGUUCCACAUCAUUUACAAAUUGUGUUGAUUUUUAUUUCUAGCUAAUUAUUGGUUGUAAUAGCUUGCAUGAUAUGUGAUUAAAUUUUAAAGAUGCAAGAUAGCGUGGCAGUGUGAACUGGACAGUGGCUUCAUGUAGAAUGCAACCAGGGCCUUUCAAAAAUGUGCAUACAAAUUCUAUUUCUGUCGUAAAUAAAUGUGAGAUACUCUA